UUGCCACACGUUGUGCAGUGAUAUUUACACGGGGAAAGUAGAAGGAGUAUCGAAGGUAUUUGAGCGAUAUUCGGUUAAUCUGACAUUUGUGGAGUGAGUGAAAAGGGUGAAAUUUCGAUAGAUUUUCGGGUAAUCUUCAGAGAAGGCAGGUAAGAAUGGCGCCAAAGAAAAUCGAGGAACCCGAACGGAAACCGCUUAUUGGCCGCGUGGGUACCAACUUGAAAAUUGGCAUUGUAGGCAUACCUAACGUAGGGAAAUCAACGUUCUUCAACGUUCUCACCAAAAGUCAGGCGGCUGCCGAGAACUUCCCCUUCUGCACCAUCGAUCCCAAUGAAAGUCGCGUACCUGUCCCCGACGAAAGAUUCGAUUACCUGUGCGAGUAUUUCAAGCCGGCUAGCAAAGUUCCAGCCUUCUUGAAUGUCGUGGACAUCGCCGGAUUGGUUCAAGGCGCCGCCGAGGGACAGGGCCUGGGAAACAGUUUCCUCUCGCACAUCAACGCUUGCGACGGAAUUUUUCACCUUUGUCGAGCGUUCGACGACGACGACGUUACCCACGUAGAAGGAGACGUAAAUCCCGUGAGGGAUCUUGAGAUUAUUAGCGAGGAAUUGCGGCUGAAAGAUAUCGAGUUCUUGAAUGGUCAUCUGGAGAAGCUGGAAAAACUCGUGGUUCGCGGAAAUGACAAGAAACUCAAGCCUGAAUAUGAUACGUUGUUGAAAGUGAAGGGUGUAAUGGUGGACGAGAAGAGGCAUAUCAGGUUUGCCGACUGGAGUGCCACUGACAUCGAAGUUCUCAACAAAUAUUUAUUCCUCACGUCCAAGCCGGUUAUUUAUUUAAUUAAUACGUCUAAACAAGAUUACAUACGUAAGAAGAAUAAAUGGUUGGGCAAAAUAAAAGAGUGGGUGGACAAAAACGACCCUGGAGCUAUUAUAAUCCCGUUCAGUGGAGCUUUCGAAAAUGUUCUCGUCGACAUGGACGCUGCGGAGCGCGCGAAAUAUCUAGAAGAGAGCAAAGUUGCUAGCAUCCUCGACAAGAUCAUCGUCAAAGGAUACCAAGCGUUGCAGUUGCAAUACUUCUUUACGGCGGGACACGACGAAGUUAAAGCAUGGACGAUCCAGAAAGGAACGAAAGCACCCCAAGCUGCGGGAAAAAUUCACACGGAUUUUGAAAAGGGAUUCAUCAUGGCUGAAGUUAUGAAAUUCGACGAUUUCAAGAACGAAGGAUCGGAAGCUGCAGUAAAAGCUGCUGGAAAAUACAGGCAGCAAGGGCGCAACUACGUGGUAGAGGACGGUGACAUCAUUUUCUUUAAGUUUAACGCCGGUGCUGGAUUAAAGGACGCGAAGAAAAAGUGAUGGCAGGGGUUUCUCAUGUUGUUGCUAGUUCAUUUCUACAUCAACAUGAUAUUCAUGUUCUGUUGUACGCGCGACGCGCGUAUGAACCAAUCGAAAUCGCUUUCUGAUCCUCCCUAAUUUCAUUUUCUGCUGCGGAUAGCAACAUUUUUAUAUCGACAACUUGAUA